UCCACUCUUGAGUUUGACUCGAAGACUCAACAGCUGAAAAGGACAUCCGAAGCUAUGAAAGGGUUGAAAACUCUUGCGGCGUACGCGCUAACGUUCCUUCUACUGUCCACGUUUGUGUCUCAUUCCUGGAGCGCCCCCAGGGGAAGAUUUCAGCGAAGGAAUUGGACGCCCCAAGCAAUGUUAUAUUUAAAGGGCACGCAGGGACGGCGCUUUGUGGCUGAGGACACGAAUGAAGGAGACUUGUUCGACACAAUUCGCUUGGAAUCACGCAGCCAGAACACAGAAAAUCUGAGCAUCUCCAAAGCAGCUGCAUUUCUCUUAAAUGUUCUCCAACAAGCCAGAGAUGACAGUGAGCCGUACUAAAAGCCAGCUAACAACAAAUUCAUCUUUGCAUUUAAAUUU